CUUCUUGACUGUGACAGCAAGAAAGUGAAAAAAGCUAUGAGUACACGGAAAAAAGAGAACUGAAAAGAAAACUCAAAUCUUGCUGUUGUUCUAAAUCUGAAAAUGUGUCUUGUGUCACAAUAACCUAAGUAAAUAAUUAUGAUUUGUGACAAAAACUUCCUAUUUCCAUGAAAAAAAUACACUCCUAAUGCUCGUAAACAUUUAUUUGAACCGAAAAUAACCUCAAAUCACAUGUACGGUAAAAGUGUAUUAUUUAGUUCUCGAGUAGUUAGUUUGAAUAAUAACCGCUUCAAAAGUGGUAGCACUAAGAAGCUGUUGGAUGUUUUAGCCGCGAUGCCUAAGGCGAAUUCUGGACGGAUAUUAGAUGCUCAACGACAACGGCAGAACAUAUCAAAGAAGUCAGAAAAAUAUGCGCCGAGUACUGUGUACUUACAAGUACUUGGUUCAGGAGCUAGAGGGGCACCCAACACACUAUAUGUCUUCACAGAUCAGAAACGAUACCUAUUUAACUGUGGAGAGAGUACACAGCGGUUAGCUCAUGAACAUAAAGUGAAACUAUCCCGUUUGGAGCACAUAUUCAUAACAGCCAAGACAUGGACAAACAUCGGAGGCCUGCCCGGGCUGUCGCUGACCCUGCAGGACGUUGGAGUGCCCAAGCUGACGUUGCAUGGACCUGAGGGCCUUGAUGAACUAUAUCAGGCCACGAAACGGUUUGUUAUCAUGAAGGACAUGGACGUCACAAUGGCUGAAUGCAAACCCACUGCAGACUUUGAGGAUAAUGUCAUGAGUGUUAAAUAUGUCAUACUCAGCAAUGAGGAACUUCGUCAUGACCAAAAAUCAGCAGCGAAGAAACCGAGAUUAGAAGAAAAAUUACACAAAGAGACUAAAGAGAUUGAGAAAUUUAUGCAGGAUGACACAGAUUAUUACAAGCAUGAGCAUAAAAAAAACAGGAAAACUAGAGAGCGGUCCAUGUCGCGUACGCGGUGUGAAAAAGAUGUUAAAGCAAAGAAUGAAAAGCAUGAAGUUAAGGGGAAAUGCACUAUCGCCUAUAUUUGCACUUUGAAGAAGCGCCUUGGUACUUUAGACUUGGCGAAGUGCGUCGAGCUAGGGGUGCCCCCCGGCCCGAUGCUGGGGCAGCUGAAGGCUGGCUUCGACGUGGUGCUGGCCAAUGGAGAGUUGGUGCUUUCCAAAGACGUGAAGACCCCAGACGACCCAGGACCAGUAUUUAUUGUGUUGGAGGUGCCCGAGCUGUCGUACCUGAAGGAGACCGAGUUCUCGGCGCACUUCGCCGACUCCAACCCCCCGGAGCGGGUGCCGGCGCUCGUGGUGCACUACACGCCGCCGCACGUGUUCCGGGACCCCAAGUAUCGAAAAUUCAUUUCCAUGUUCGGACGGAACACGAAACACUUGGUGCUCAACUCCCAAAACUCCUGCCUGGGCUCGGAGGCGGUUCAUAGGACCCAGCACAAACUCCACCUUCUAGACCAAGACAUCUUCCCUUUACUGAAAGAUCUAAGCAUCCCAGCCGUGUGGAGCGCUUCGCCUUUACAGACCGAGAGUCCGGCGAAGAUUAAGGCGCUGGAGGAACUUAAGAAUAAGAUUGCGCUCGCGCAGUUCCAGAACAUUAUCAGCAUGGAGGGGUGCUGCAAGGGCGAUUCUGACGCUAAACCCGAGGAGGAAGACAAGGCUCAUGAUAUAUAUGAAGGGAAAACCCUGACUGUAUUCCAUUUGAGGCCUAAGAAAGAGAUUGACAGAUCUGCAGAACCCAAGCUCAACAUUCAAGAGUACAUACGCGAGACCAUGGACAUCUCUGGUUUCGCCGCCAGCCUCGAAACCCUGAGGAAGCAGUUGGACAGCAUCAGAUACCUCCAGAGCGACGUCUCCGAGUACCCCAAGGUCAUCUUCCUUGGCACCGGGUCCUGUAUACCCAGCAAGACUAGGAAUACAAGCGGGAUGAUCUUGCAAGUUGACGACAACAAAUCCAUGCUUCUCGACUGCGGCGAAGGCACUUUAGGGCAAAUCGUCCGGUUCUUCGGGCCGAAGCGAGUCAACUGGUUCUUGAGGUCAUUGCGCGCCAUCUACAUAUCACAUUUACACGCGGACCAUCAUAUUGGUCUAAUAGGCGUACUCCAAGCUCGUCGCCAGGCGUUCAAAGACCAUCCGUCACAAGAGUGUCACGCUCCGUACGAGCCACUUUAUCUGUUAGCCCCUGGCCAGAUUAUGUCUUGGCUGAACAUGUACGACCUGCAGUUUGAGAAGAUUCGACAGGACUUCACACUCAUACCUAAUCAAAGUUUGUUGCACACUGAGAAAAAUCAAGUAGAACUGUCGCACACUGAGCAAAAUCAAGUAGAACUGUCGUCAGCAGCUUUAGCGUGCAUCGGAGUGUAUCAAAUCAGAACGUGCUUAGUGUCGCAUUGUCCCAACGCGUUUGGCGUCGCCAUAGAUGUGGACCAACAGAACAAGAUAACUUAUUCUGGUGACACUAUACCUUGUGAGGAGUUGGUUAAGAUAGGUGACAAAUCAACGCUGCUCAUCCACGAAGCGACGAUGGAAGACGAGUUGGCGGACGAGGCUCGCAUCAAGAUGCAUUCCACCACAUCCCAAGCUAUUGAGCAAGGGAAAAACAUGAAGGCCAGUUACACAGUACUGACGCACUUCAGCCAGCGGUACGCGAGACUGCCGAGACUUAACGCGAACAUAUUGAACGACAAUAAGAGUGUUGGCAUCGCUUUUGAUAACAUGCAGAUCACAAUGAGCGACCUGAAACUUCUGCCGCACAUGUACGCGCCUCUAUUACAAAUGUUCGCCGAGCACUGUGUAGAAAUGGAGGCUAAAGCGGCGCACCGUGCUCGGCAAAGGGAACGCCGGCCGUCUUCCCCCAUGGAAAGCAUGGGUACGACUGCGCAACACAGUAGUUAGCUGUAGAUUUGAAUUUAAAAUCGGAACGCGGGUUCGUUCCAAUUUUGUUUCCUUUUUGUUGAAGGCCAAUGACAUUUUAUGAGAAUGUAGAUAGGUAGUUUUGAAGUUAUAAUCAUUGAAACUGUAGCCACGACGCUGUUAUUUUUCAGUCCAAUAUCUACUUUAUAUUUGAACUUUGAUGGCUAUCAAAAGAGGUUCGAUUUUGACUGCUAGUACGAUUUUUUUCCAGCAUUAUGUUGUAAGUACAUUUAUUUUCAUUUUUUUAAUUAAAAUAUUAGAAUGAAUUGAAUGAAGGAAUACUUAUUUGUAUAUCAGGCUUAAAUAUUUUGUUUUUGACUUUUUGCCAAUAUUUUAGUUUUAUUAAACUACCCACUUAAUUUUUCUUAUUGUGCAUUAAGCAUAUAAUGUUGGUGUAUACAGUGUAGGUGUGGUAUGAAGUUGACUCAGAGGACUGAAGCUUUUAUUUAUAUAUGUUGUGUGCCUUUAAAAUGUUUCUUAUCAUGUAUGUCAUAGAUUCACAUGCUGUAAUUUGACAGAUAAAACAAAUUUCAAAGGUAUUGGUUGUUUGACUGUUUGAAUAGGUUGGUUGACAGCUGUUAGUCGUGGAAGUGAUCUUAAUUUUUAUAGACGCGUUCGUAUUCUAAGAUUUAUAUAAGUCUUUCAUUCAACGAACACAUUUUAAACAUAUCAAAACAUUUAAAAAAAGGGAAUGCCAGUGAUAAUUUAAUCGCGAUCACUUUUCAAACUUUGUUGUACCCUCUCGUUUUAAGUUUUUCAUCUGUCAAAAUUAAUAAAUUGUAGCAUUUACAAAGAAUUGUGAUUUGUUGAUUAGCUUGUAAAUAUAGUAUUUAUUCUCAUACUGUGCUUAGUACAUUGUUAGAGCUGUUAAAUAAUAAAUGUAUGCAAUGUUG